UAAACGCCUGUUCAAAAAAGUAUCUUUAGGUUGUUAGACGUGACAACGACAAAAUUUUAAAUAUAUAUUCAUAUAUAUAUAGUGUGUGUGCAAAGAUAAUAUCGUACAGUUUGGUUUUAGCAAUGAUGAAGGGACCUUAGUUCGGACCUUAGUAAAUAAUAAGCGUUAGUGCGGUGGAGAAGGAAGUUCAAGGUCCGAGAAGAAACAGCAGAUCUCUGACAACAUUGUGGUUUCAUACGAGUCCAUGGUUUUCUCUCGUUCUCUGUGGAAACAGGUGCUGCUUUAUACAAGGUACCGCUUUCUCUGGAGGCUGGAGGCAGUGAGAAGUCAACAGAGGAUGACCUCAUCACAUCCUGUGGCAGCUGUGUGUCAGGUGACAUCCACUCCAGACAAGGAGGCAAACUUCACUACAUGCAAGCGUUUGAUCGAGCAAGCCAAGGAGGGUGGCGCGAGCAUGAUCUUCCUCCCCGAGGGCUUCGAUUACCUCGGCUCCAGCCGAGAAGAGACGCUGCAGCUGUCUGAAAGCCUGCAGGGUGACCUCAUCAGCAGAUAUUCCCAGUUAGCCAGGAAGCUGAAAGUCUGGCUGUCUCUGGGAGGUUUCCAUGAACGAGGCCACAACUGGGAGAACGACAGACGCAUCUACAACAGCCAUGUCAUCAUUAAUGGCCAAGGUGAAAUUGUGUCAGUGUACAGGAAAGGUCAUCUGUUUGAUGUGGAGUUGACCAGCAAAGGUGUCUCACUAAAAGAGAGUGCUUUCACCGUUCCUGGACCGACCUUAGUGCCACCCGUUCAGACCCCUGUUGGAAAGGUGGGACUGGGGAUCUGCUAUGACCUGCGCUUCCCAGAGAUGUCCUCGGCUCUUCAGAGGAGCAGGGCGGAGAUCCUCACUUAUCCAUCAGCAUUUACCGUGGCGACAGGCACCGCCCACUGGGAGGUUCUCCUUCGAGCCAGAGCCAUUGAGACUCAGUGUUAUGUCCUGGCCGCUGCUCAGGUUGGAGCUCAUCACGAGAAGCGCUCUUCGUAUGGCCACACCCUGGCUGUGGACCCCUGGGGCGUAGUCAUGGCGGACUGUGGGGGGACAGAUGUGGGCGUGGCUAUGGUGGAGAUUGACAUGGACAGACUGCAGGACACUAGAAGGGACAUGCCAGUGCAGCAGCACAGGAGGGAGAAAGAGUUUUACUGCAGUCUGGACUGAUCAGAGACUCAAAAUCAUAACAUGAACUGAAAUUAUGUUUGAUUUACCUCACAGUAUGUUGUUUUAUAUCGUUAGGUCGAACACUAUAUAAAUGAUAAUAAAUGAUCACAAUAGUAAAUGAGUUUUAAGUGAUCUGCUACACCUUCAGUACAAUCUGACUUCUAGUACUCUUUUCACCGCUCUUCUGCUUCUUCUUUAUGUUUUCUGUUCUUGUAGUACUUCCCAUUAAAUGGAAUUCCCAUUAAAUUGCUUUACUCAGCA